AUGCGAACGGAAGACUUAAGAAAUCUUCAAUUGCUCGAACGGCUUCGUCAUGGACAAUGUACUUACGAUGAUUAUGAAUUAUUGCUGACACGAGUGGCUGGACAACCAUCAGUAGCGUCUCUACAUGAUUCACCAUGGAAUCAAGCUCCUAUUCUGGUUUUUCGAAAUGAAGUACGAACCCAAUUAAACCACAAGGCAGCAAUUCAUAAUGCAACACAAUCAGGCAACUUACCAAUGGUAUGCGUCGCUCAAGACACUUGUAAAGGCAAACCAAUUGAAGAUCCGACACUUAUAAAGAAACUGUUAGAAUUAUCUGAUAGUAAGACAGAGCAUUUACCUGGUCUGUUACCUUUUGUUCCUGAAAUGCCUCUCAUUUUAACACAAAACAUUGCUACUGAGCUUGGUCUUAUCAACGGAAUUAAUGGAAUCUUUCGGCAACUUGUCUACCAAGCAGACUCUGUGUCAACAGAUAUUCUAUCGGACUCAUUUCCGAAAAAUACGCAGUACGUUCGCCAACCAUUGUAUGCAUUGAUAGAAAUUGCUAAAUCAAAGAUUGAAUGCAAUCUUGAAAAACUUCAACCAAAACUAGUUCCAAUACCGCUAAUGGAACAAACAUUUCGCAUUGAUAUUACCGACCUUUUGCCGAAAGAUAAAAAGCCAAAAUCCAAUCGAAAAGCAAUUUUAUCAAUUAAACGGCGUGCACUCCCCCUUGUGCCUGCUUAUUAUAUCACGACACAUAAGAGUCAAGGCCAAACUUUGAAUAAGGUCGUGAUUGAUCUAAAACUACCGAAUGACACCGACAAUAUUGCUGCAGUCUAUGUACCAUUGUCGCGUGUGAAACGUUUGGUUGAUCUUAUUAUUUUAUGGCACUUCGAUUACAAGAUUUUGCUUGUUAAACCGAGCAAAUCACAAGUCGCCGAAAUAGAAAGACUCGAUAAAUUGUAUUUAGAUACGCAAACGCGUUUUUCUCAGUGGUUCCAAUAAGUUUUCUGCAUUGUAAGAAAACUUUUAUUAUUUGUGUCUAAUUUUCUAUAUGUAAUUUUCUUGUUUUUUAUGUAUUCAGUUGAUAUUGUAUUCAUUUGAACAUUGUUUUUUUCUGUAUCCAUGCCUUGUAUAUAUUAGCAUCGUGUUUUUAUUUUUUUCGAUUAUAGUUUGGUAUAUUUACUAGCUAUAGAUAUAUCGUUGUUUUUAUGUCUAUUUCGUCGUUUUUUUGGUCACAAAUCGAAUAAAUAUAUUUGCGUUAUGUCAUCGCUGAGAAAAAUUU